GCGCAGGCCGGGCCGGGCGGGGCGCUUCGGGAGGGCUGGAGUGCUGCAUGACGAGCCCCGCGAUCGGGUUGGCACCGCCUGGGCCCCCCGCUCGAGAUGAGGAUGCGCUGGGCGACCCCUCGCUGCGCGGCGGGGCUGCCCGUGCUGCUGCUCCUCGGGUGCUUGGGGCUGGCGGACCCCUCCGACCACGCAGGUAAUGAUCCAUUCACCAUCAUCAAUGAAAACACAGGCAAGUGUAUCAAGCCACUGAAUGACUGGAUAGUAGCUAAGGACUGUGACAAAUCCAAGGAUAUGCUAUGGAAGUGGGUGUCCCAACAUCGACUUUUCCAUUUGCAAUCACAAAAGUGCCUUGGCCUAGAUAUUACCAAAUCCACAGAUUCCUUGAGAAUGUUCACCUGUGAUGAUUCCAGUGCCAUGCUAUGGUGGAAAUGUGAGCACUUUUCUGUGUACGGAGCCGCUCAGUAUAAAUUAGCUCUGAAGGAUGGACAUGCAAUAGCAAGCACUAAUUCAUCUGAUUUCUGGAAAAAAGGAGGUUCAGAGGAAAGCCUGUGUCACCAGCCUUACCAUGAGAUAUAUACCAGAGAUGGGAACUCCUAUGGAAGACCUUGUGAAUUUCCAUUCUUAGUUAAUGGGACCUGGCAUCAUGACUGCAUUCUUGAUGAAAAGCAUAGUGGACUAUGGUGUGCCACCACCUUAAAUUAUGAAUAUGAUCAAAAGUGGGGCAUCUGCUUAAAACCAGAAAAUGGCUGUGAUACUAAUUGGGUAAAGAAUGAGCAGAUGGGAAAUUGUUACCAAUUUAAUACGCAAGCAUCUCUUUCUUGGAAAGAAGCUUAUGUUUCAUGUCAGAAUCAAGGAGCAGACUUACUAAGCAUCAACAAUACUGCUGAAUUAAUUUAUCUUAAAGAAAAAGAAGAUAUUGCUAGAGUUUUCUGGAUUGGCUUAAAUCAGCUAUACUCUGCUAGAGGCUGGGAAUGGUCAGACCACAAGCCAUUAAACUUUCUCAACUGGGAUCCAGAUAUGCCCAGUGCACCAACAGUUGGUGGAUCAAGCUGUGCAAGUAUGAAUGCUGAGUCUGGUUUAUGGCAGAGUUCUUCCUGUGAAGCUCAACUGCCCUACAUCUGCAAGAAACCAUUGAAUGACACAGUGGAGAUAACAGAUGUUUGGGCAUACUCAGAUACCCACUGUGAUGCAGGCUGGCAGCCUAAUAAUGGAUUUUGCUAUCUUUUGGUAAAUGAAAGUGAUUCCUGGGAUAAUGCACAGAAGAAAUGCAAAACCUACAGCGGGGACCUCAUCAGCAUUCAUUCUUUAGCAGAUGUGGAGGUGGUUGUCACAAAGCUCCAUAAAGGAGAUACCAAAGAAGAAAUAUGGACAGGCCUUAAGAACACAAAUACGCCAACUUUAUUUCAGUGGUCAGAUGGUACUGAAGUUACCCUAACAUACUGGAACGAAAAUCAACCACAUGUUCCCUAUAAUAAGACUCCUAACUGUGUUUCCUAUUUUGGAAAGCUAGGUCAAUGGAAAGUUCAGUCAUGCGAAGAUAAACUUAAAUAUGUAUGUAAGAAGAAGGGAGAAAAAAUAAAUGAAACUGAUUCUGAGAAGAUAUGUCCUCCAGAUGAGGGCUGGAAAAAGCAUGGAGAAACCUGUUACAAGAUUUAUAAGGAUGAGGUCCCUUUUGGAACCAACUGUAAUCUGACUAUAACUAGCAGAUUUGAGCAAGAAUUCUUGAAUGAUAUGAUUAAAAAAUAUACUAAAUCUCAAAAUAAAUACUUCUGGACUGGCCUGAGAGAUAAAGAUUCACUUGGGGAGUAUAGUUGGUCAAGUGUUGGUGGAAGAAAGCGGGCUGUCACCUUUUCCAACUGGAAUUUUCUUGAGCCAGCUUUUCCAGGUGGUUGUGUGGCUAUGUCUUCUGAAAGGUCCCUUGGGAAGUGGGAGGUAAAGGACUGCAAUAGCUUCAGAGCACUUUCAAUUUGCAAGAAAAUAAGUGGACCCACUGAGACUGAAGAAGCAGCUCCAAAACCCAAAGUCUUACACUGUUCUGAAGGCUGGCAUAGUCUAUCUUCGAGUUCUUUUUGUUAUAAGUUAUUUCACACAGAAAGAAUUGUAAGAAAGAGGAACUGGGAAGAAGCUGAAAGAUUCUGCCAAGCACUUGGAGCACACCUACCCAGCUUUAGUCAUGUGGAUGAAAUUAAGGAAUUUCUUCACUUUUUAACGGAUCAGUUCAGUAACCCACGUUGGAUUUGGAUAGGUUUGAAUAAAAGGAGCCCAGAUUUACAAGGAUCAUGGCAAUGGAGUGAUUAUACACCUGCUGUUCAUAGGCCAUGGAGAAGAAGCUGGUAUUUUUAUGACAGAGAAUUUACUUAUUUAAGGCCUUUUGUUUGUGACACAAAACUUGAAUGGGUGUGCCAGAUCCCAAAAGGUCAGACUCCUAAAACACCAGAAUGGUACAAUCCAGAGCGUGCUGGAAUUCACGGACCUCCAGUUAUAAUAGAAGGGAGUGAAUAUUGGUUUGUUGCUGAGCCCCAUUUAAACUUUGAAGAAGCUAUCCUGUAUUGUGCUAGCAAUCACAGCUCUCUGGCUACUUUAACAACUUUUACAGGAUUAAGGGCCAUCAAAAACAAAAUAGCAAAUAUAUCUGGUGAUGAACAGAAUUGGUGGUUGAGAACUAAUGAACACUCAAUGGAUCAUCAUUACCUAAAUCCACGACAUCCCUGGUCAUGGCGUCACUUUCAUGGAAUGUUUGGAGAAGAGUGCUUGUCCAUAUCUGCCAAGUUCUGGCUUAAUGAUUUAAAUAAACCAAAAGACUGUAGUACCAAGUUGCCCUUCAUCUGUGAAAAAUAUAAUGUUUCCUCAUUGGAGAAAUACAGUCCAGAUCCUGCAACUAAAACAAAAUGCUCUGAUGAUUGGAUUCCUUUUCAGGAUAAGUGUUUUCUAAAAGUCAAACCGAAGUCUCUCACAUUUACUCAAGCAAGUGAAGUUUGCCAUUCUUAUGGUGGUACCCUUCCUUCAAUUUUGAGCCAAAGAGAACAAGAUUUUAUUACACACUUGCUUCCGGGUAUGAAAACAACUUUAUGGAUUGGUUUACGCUGGACUGCUUAUGAGAAGAUAAACAGAUGGAUAGAUAAUCAAGAACUAAUAUACAGUAACUUUCACCCAUUAUUGGUUGGUCGGUGGCUAAGACUACCAACAAAUUUUUUCGAGGAAGAUUCUCACUAUCACUGUUCAAUGAUGCUCAAUAUCCCAAAGUCACCUUUUGUUGGAACAUGGAAUUUUACUGCCUGCAGUGAACCCCAUACUCUCUUUCUCUGUCAGAAAUAUUCAGAAGUAGAAAAUAAACAGACCUUGAAGAACACUUCAGAAACUGUAAAGUAUCUCAAUAAUCUGUAUAAAAUAAUCAUGAAGAAUUUGACAUGGUUUGAUGCGCUGAGGGAGUGUCGAAAAGAUAACAUGCAGCUGGUGAGCAUCACAGACCCUUACCAGCAGGCAUUCCUAACUGUGCAGGCCAUCCAGCAUAGAUCAUCUUUAUGGAUUGGACUCUCCAGUCAAGAUGAUGAGCUCAAUUUUGGUUGGUCAGAUGGGAAACGUGUUCAGUUUACUCGCUGGGCUGAUAAUAAUGAGCAACUUGAAGACUGUGUGGUGUUAGACACUGACGGAUUCUGGAAAACAUCUGAAUGCAAUGAAUAUCAACCGGGUGCUAUUUGCUACUAUCCAGGAAAUGAGACUGAAAAAGAGGUCAAAUCCACUGAUAGUUUUCAAUGUCCAUCUCCUGUUCUAAAUACUCCAUGGAUACCAUUUCAGAAUAGUUGCUACAAUUUCCUGAUAGUAAAGAACAGAAAUUCAGCAAUGACAAAAGAUGAAGUUCAUUCUAAAUGCCAUAAAUUGAAUCCUAAAGCACAUGUUCUGAGUAUUCGAGAUGAAAAAGAAAAUAACUUUGUUCUUGAACAACUUCUACACUUCAACUAUAUGGCUUCAUGGAUCCUGUUAGGUCUCACUUAUGAAAAUAAUUCCCUUAUGUGGAAUGAUAAAACUCUGCUGUCAUAUACAAACUGGAGAAGAGGAAGACCAGCUAUAAAAAAUGACAAAUUCUUUGCUGGCUUGAAUACCGAUGGCUUAUGGGAUAUUGAGACUUUUAAUGUUAUUAAAGAUAUGCUAUACUUUCACCAGCACAGCAUUCUUGCUUGUAAGAUUGAAAUGGUUGACUACAAAGAAGAAUAUAAUACUACUUUGCCAAAGUCUAUUCCAUAUGAAGAAGUUAUUUAUAAUGUUAUUCAAAAAAAGUUAACAUGGUAUGAAGCAUUACACAUGUGUUCUCAAAAUGGAAGUCAUUUAGCAAGUGUUCAUGACCAAAAAGGCCAGCUGUUUCUAGAAGAUAUUGCAAAACGUGAUGGAUUUCCACUAUGGGUUGGGCUCUCGAGUCAUGAUGGAAGAGAAUCAAACUUUGAAUGGUCUGAUGGCAGUCCAUUUGACUACAUCCCCUGGAAAGAUAAAAUAUCUGAUGGAAAUUGUGUUGUCUUGGAUCCAAAAGGAAUUUGGAAACAUGAAAAAUGCAAUUCUGUUAAGGAUGGUGCUAUUUGUUAUACACUGAAACACCCUAAAGAAGUUUCCUCUUAUACACAUUCUUCAAGAUGUCCAGCAGCAAAAGAUAAUAAGUUGCAGUGGAUCCAAUACAAGAGUCACUGUUACACAUCUGACCAGUCAUUGCACAGUUUCUCAGAAGCCAAACAGCUUUGUUCAGAACUUGAUAAUUCUGCCAUUGUUACCAUAUUGGAUGAAGAUGAGAAUAAAUUUGUGAGUAAACUGAUGAGAGAAAAUAACAAUAUUACCAUGAGAAUUUGGCUUGGAAUGAUCAUACAUUCUGAUAAGACUUCACAUUGGUUAGAUGGAUCAAAGGUGACAUUUGUCAAAUGGGCAGAUAAAAGCAAGAGAAAUAAUGGAAAAUGUGGCAUUCUGUUAGCUUCAAAUGAAACUUGGAGAAAUGUUGAAUGUACACAGGGCUACGGAAGAGUUGUCUGCAAAAUUCCUUUAGGGCCUGAUUACAGAGGAAUAGCUAUCGCAUUUGCUGUGCUAAGUAUCCUUGCUCUCAUCAGUGGACUGAUUUGGUUCCUCAUCCGAAAGAAGCAUUUGCACUGGUUGGGCUUCUCUUCAGUUCGCUAUGAACAAGGAGUAAAUGAAGAUGAAAUUAUGCUUCCUGAUUUCCAUGACUAAAUUCUUCUAAAAGUUUGCUAGUUUGCACAAAUGUGUUAGGGAAGAUGAGCCAUUUAAAAUUUUCCCAGUGUCAGUAUUUACUGUGUUCCCAUAUAAAAGUUUUAAGUAGUUUUCUCAGCUCAGUUGCCUUGCUGGUAUGCACACUGUCUCACAAAAUACUGUGGCUAUGUCUAUUAAUAAAAUGGGGAGGAAGUUCAAGACAUUAGUCAGCAAGUUUAAUGUUUAUUUUUUCUGUAAGAAUAAGGUUGGUCACAAGAAUAUGUUUUUGUUUUGUUUUUGUUUGGGGGCCACAUCCAGCAGUGCUCAGGAAUGAUUCCUGGCUCUGCGCUCAGGGAUCCCUCCUGGUGAGGCUUGGGGGACUAAAUUCAUGCCAGGGAUCAA